AUGGGAAUUGCGAGACGCAAUCUGGCGCUUUGCUCCCAGCCGUCUGUCACGAGUCACGAGUCACGUAAGGUGACCCUUCAGGAAUACUAUGACCCAGAGGAAGACGUUGAGAUCCCGCGCCCGUUCUAUCUUCCAUUUCAUGAGCAUGUCCGCUUCCGGCUAGGGGUUGAUAUUCUCCACUUUAAUUGGGACGUCGGGGAUUUAGACAACGCCCACGCGCUGCAGUCCGGUUUAUUUGGGAAGCUGGAGCUGGAUCCUGUGCGCUAUGUUGACCCCUGGGACUCGGAAACCCUCCGCCGAUACCAUCAGCUUUGGCAGGCGCAGAACCAUAUCUUGCCUAGGCCAUGGACCCGGCAGAUUGCGGCGAGCGCAGAGUUCUUCGCGCUACUGGACUGUGAUAAACAGCCCCUCCAUGACCGAGUUACUCGGUGGAAGGAAUAUAUUGACCGCUGCUGGGCCUGGAAUGAAUACUGGAAAGCUAAGGAUGCUGAGCCUGAGUCUGUUCCACAUUUGGAUAUGCUAUUCUUACCACCAUACCCUAGCUAUGACUGGGAGGAAGACGAUGAGACCUACUACUACUACUUCAAAUCGAAAUAUACGCUCAAUCGGGCGCAUCCGUGGAUUCAGGCAGUCUUGAAGAAAAUGCCCUUUUUCCAGCCGAUGAUUCUCUUUCGUCAUCGGACGGGGGUUGGUUGCCUCCAAAACGAUUACUAG